AUGGCUUUUUCAGUUGCCCUCCAAAGACUUAUAGCUCUUCAGGUGAAGGAACGCUUGGACAUUACCUUUGUGCGUGACAGAAUAACAAGCUUCAGAAAAUCAGCAGUGAAAAAAGAGAAACCUCUCAUUCAGCAUCCUAUUGACUCUCAACCUUCUAUAAGUGAAAUCCCGCUUGCCCAGGCACUUGUUGAUGAACGUUGCAUGAACUUAUCAGAAAAAGAAGUUAUGGAUCUUUUUGAAAAAAUGAUGGAAGAUAUGAAUCUAAAUGAAGAACGUAAAGCUCCUUUAAGAGAUAAAGACUUGACCACAAAACGUGAGAUGGUUGUCCAAUACAUAUCUGCAACUGCCAAAUCCGGUGGACUGAAAAAUAGCAAGCAUGAAUGCACUCUGUCCUCACAAGAAUAUAUUCAUGAAUUGCGAUCUGGAAUUUCAGAGGAAAAGCUUCUUAAUUGUCUAGAGUCUUUGAGAGUGUCUCUAACUAGCAAUCCAGUCAGCUGGGUUAACAAUUUUGGACAUGAAGGUCUUGGACUCCUGUUGGAUGUAUUGGAAAAGCUUCUGGACAAGAAACAGCAGGAAAGUAUUGAUAAGAAGAAUCAACAUAAACUUAUCCAGUGCCUCAGAGCAUUUAUGAACAAUAAAUAUGGAUUGCAAAGGUUUCUAGGAGAUGAAAGAAGUCUCUUGCUGUUAUCAAGAGCAGUUGAUCCAAAGCAACCACACAUGAUGACCGAAAUAGUGAAAAUACUUUCUGCUAUCUGCAUUGUUGCAGAGGAAAAUUUUCUGGACAAGCUUUUAGGUGCUAUAACAACUGCUGCUGAAAGGCACAAUAGGGAACGUUUUUCUCAGAUUGUUGAAGGACUGGAAAACCAUGAAUUCUUACAGCUGCAGGUAGCAUGUAUGCAGUUCAUCAAUGCCCUUGUUACAUUUCCGGAAGACCUUGAUUUCAGGAUACACUUGAGAAACGAGUUUUUACGUUGUGGCCUGAAGAAAAUACUGCCUGUCUUGAAAGAUAAAGAUAAUGAAGAGCUUGAUAUUCAACUGAAAGUGUUUGAUGAGAACAAAGAAGAAGACUUAAUUGAACUGUCACAUCGUCUCAAUGAUAUCAGAGCUGAAAUGGAAUAUCCUUUAUAG